AUGCCAGGCCUCAGCUGUUUGGACUGUUUGGUGAAACGGCGUUUAUUGAAUGACAGAGGGGGACACGGCUCAAAGCACCAGCUCUGUCACACACACAAGUCCACACGCGAGACACAUGCCCUGGACACAGAGACACAUGCCCUGGACACAGAGACACAUGCCCUGGACACAGAGACACAUGCCCUUGACACAGAGACACAUGCCCUGGACACAGAGACACAUGCCCUGGACACAGAGACGCAUGCCCUGGACACUGAGACGCAUGCCCUGGACACUGAGACGCAUGCCCUGGACACUGAGACGCAUGCCCUGGACACUGAGACGCAUGCCCUGGACACUGAGACGCAUGCCCUGGACACUGAGACGCAUGCCCUGGACACUGAGACGCAUGCCCUGGACACAGAGACGCAUGCCCUGGACACAGAGACACAUGCCCUGGACACAGAGACACAUGCCCUGGACACAGAGACACAUGCCCUGGACACAGACACAUGUCAACAGAGGAAGCUGUUCCAUGAUCUGUAG